ACGCCAGAACCAUUGGAAUAGCAGUGGAUAAGAGAAGGAAAAACACGAAUCGGGAUACGUUCUACCAGAAUGUACAGAGACUCACUGAGUAUCAGAAGGGUAUAAAGAUCUGGAGCAGUAGGAGACAGGCUAAAGAGGCAGGAGUGAAGCAGCACAAGGGUGUUGUGAUGCCACUGGUCAAGAAGGAGAAGACUGUGGAUGUGAUUACGCCUGCAGAAGUAGGAAGUAUUUAA